AUCUUGAAACGAACUCGGGACACGACAAGAGUAACGAGCAAGCCGAUGUCGUGGCUCGCGAGGUCUCUCGCCAACGCGCUGAUCCCCGACCGCCACGCCGACGAAGUCGAUCCCGCGGAGAGGGCGGACCCCGGCGGCAGCAGAGACGGCAGCGGAGAAGACGACUCUGGCGGCGGCGGCGUCAAGGAAGAUUUCUUCGAGCUCACCCAAACCCUGUCACGGCAGUUCCGCGGCGUCGCUGCGUUUCUCGCUCCUCCUCCCACCUCCUCCUCUGAUGCUACCCCGUCUGGACGCGAUGUGCCCGAAGAGUUCUCCGAUUUCCCCUCUAUCGCAGGACUUCAGAGUGACCUCGCUGAGAUCGGAGGGAGAUUCAGGUCCGGCAUCUCCAGGCUCUCCGGAUCCAAGGCGGUCACGGAGAUCUCGAAGAUCGCGUCCACGUUCAUUCCUUUCGGGCCCGGGGACGAAGAGGAUGAAGGAUUGGAAGGGAAGUACGGGACGGAAGCCGUGGGCGUCACCGAGGAGGUCAUGGCCUUCGUCAGGAACAUCUCCAUGCAUCCGGAGACGUGGUUGGAUUUCCCAUUGUUGCCUGAUGAUGAAGAAUCUGACGAUUUUGACAUGUCUGAUGCUCAGCAAGAACAUGCCUUGACAGUAGAGCGCCUUGCACCGAGAUUAGCCGCUUUGAGGCUUGAACUUUGCCCAAGUCAUAUGAGUGAAGGAUGCUUUUGGAAAAUCUAUUUUGUGCUUUUGCACCCAAGGCUCGAUAAGCAUGAUUCUGAACAUCUCUCGACACCUCAGAUCGUCGAAGCCAGAGCCUUGUUAUUACAACAGUUGCAGCUUCCAGCAAAAACAGAGAAGCCUGAAGUAGAUGUCUCCUACAGGAAAAUGGACGACAGUCCACUUCAAUCUAAGGAGCAGAUUACAGAACAAAAGGAUCUUUAUGAAAUCUCACCUUCCGAAACAAAGGAGGUAGUAACCGCUGUUCUCACAAUCGAUGUUAUGACUGAAAAACUCCCAGUGCAAACAGAUGAAGUAGAAAUCAUUGACAAAACUGUCAUUGAAGAAGAACCCCCUCAGCAGACACAAAAGAGUCACAGUGAUGCAUCACAGGUUUCCGUUGAGCAGUUCAGUGAGGAUGAGGAAGGGGACGAUUGGUUAAUAGAAGAAACAGAAGAAACGGGUGCCUCAAGAAGCACCAACAUCCCUUUGGUGAAUGAUGAGGAUGUCUCUUUCAGUGAUCUUGAGGAUUGAUGCUGGUGACCAAAAUGGAACACAAGCUUCCAAGAAAGUGACCUGCCCAGGAACAUUAAGUUCUGACAUUUCCCAUUAAUUUGUAAAUAUACAUUAACAGUCGAUAACAAUUUCAGUUAAAAAUUGGUUUUCUGAGGUCUCUUAUAUCCUUUUUGUUCAACCUUCUAUGCUUCUUGGUAUUAGCAGUUAGAUUGGCACAGCCUCAUAUCAUCCAUCAAAUCCAUAGUUACUGUAAUAGGUCAUCUCUUACUCUUAAUCUGAGUUUAGACAACAAUGUUAUUUGUAACUGUAAGUUCAUAUUACUGAUUCUAUUCAUACUA